AUGUUGGAGAUUCUUCAAGAAGGAUAUUAUAAGCUUGGUUGUGCUAAAUGUAAAGCUGUUUGUCAUUGUAAAGAAAAUUGUCUUUCUAAACGCAGUGCUUGUGGUAAGAAUAAUCUAAAAUGUAGUAGUAGAUGUCACGGCAGCAACAUUAUG